CGCAUAUUGCUUUAUGACUUAAGUAUUAAUAGAAAAUUGUUUAAUCUUACAGCUUGAAGCUUUAUUGAAUUAUUUUUGUAAAAUGUGAAAUAUAAAAGGACUCAUAGCGCAACAAUAAAAUAUCAAACUAAGUUUUAAUCAUGAUUUAAAGAACUUUCAGCCAGGAAUGUAUUUAUGUCCACUUUCAGUUGUGAAUGUUAAUAUUGCAUUAAUUAAAUUAUAACAACGUUAAAAAAAGUUUCAAAGUUUCCUUUAUUCAUUGUGCAAGCAUUAAAAUGGAGCCAAAGAAAAUAUCAUUCGGCUUUAUGAAAACUAAAAAGCAAGAUAAGCCUGUUGUAGCUGAGAAGAAAGACUACAUUGAAUGUGUGGAAGAGAAGUCUAUUAAAGUUGUUGGGGGAGAAAUUGAAGAAAGAGCACCUUUAGUAAUACAGAUGAAACCAAACACACUUAUAACUGCAGAAAGGCUUAAGCAAAUUGCAGCAAAAGUUGAAAACUUUGAAGAUGAGAAUCCAGCAAUAGACAACACUCAGACUAAAAAACCUGAAAAUGAGACUCUAGAAGAAAUGGCUGCUCGAGAGCUCUUAGAAGAAGCAAGGAAGAUAGAAGUGGUUGAUGCUUCAAAGUUGGUUGUACCAAUACCAGCCCAGCCAGUUCUUGAAGGUAAAAAGGAAUCAACAUUGGAUGAUUAUGAAUCUAUACCAAUUCAAGACUUUGGUAUGGCAAUGCUUCGUGGUAUGGGCUGGACACCAGGAAAAGAAUUGUCAAAGUAUAAACUACCCCAACUCCGUCCCAAAGGCCUUGGUUUAGGAGCAGAUAAAGUUGUUAAAGAAAAUCAAAAGAAAUCAACUAGAGAAAAUGAUGACGACCUUGCAAUAAUAAAGAAAGCCUUUGUUAAAAUAACAAUGGGGAAAUAUGCCGGCUUUUAUGGACAGGUAGUGAGUUUAGAUGAAGAAAAUGGCCGUGCAAUGGUGGAUAUUCCAAUUAAGAAGGAAACUGUCAGUCUCAGCGAAUUUAUGAUGCAACCCGUCUCCAAGUCAGAGUAUGACAAACAGUCAAAAGUCAUUAAUGCUGACUCUUAUGAGGAAUAUAAAAAAAAGGAAAACAAUCAAAAUUCCCGCAAAAAUAUUGAAAAAGUAAGUGAUAGAAAACAUGAUAAAGAAGAAUCAAAUGGAAGUAGAGAUAGAACAAAAUCUUCAAAAAAGUACAGUAGUAAUGAAGACUCUUUAGAGUAUGAUAGGGCUAAAAGAGAAAGUCCUAGCCAUGCCAAAAAUGAAAUAGGCAAAACUUCAAAAGAAAGAAGAGAAAGAUAUCACGAUGAAGAGAAAAGAAAAAAGACAUCUAGAAAAUACAGUAGUAGUGAAUCUCUUCACUCUUCAGAAUCUGAUAAAGGAAGAGGAAUCCCUAGCAGCGGGUAUAAAUAUAGAAAAGAAAGAGAAAUCAAAAACUCAAAGGAAAGGAGAAAUAAAGAUAUAGAUAAAAGAAAUAAGUCAAAAUACAGCAGUAAUGAAUCACUGAAUACUUCUGAAUCAGACUACAAAGGCAGGAGUUCCAGUAGUGAACCAAGGAGACCUAAAAAAAGUAGCAAGACUUCAAAAGAAAAGAAAGAUAUAGAUAAGAAAAGGAAAGGUAAAAAGAAGAAAAGAGAUAGAGAUAGAUCACCAAAUUAUAAAAAAUGUAGAAAGUAAGAUUUAA